AUGCUGCUUCAACCCUGGGCCCCCUGGAGCCCCCUGAGCCCUUCGCUGCCUGCCAGACGUCGGGAGGUGGCUUCCCAGUCCGCGUGGCAGCAGGUCCCCCGCGGCGCGGGAGCCGUGUUGGUUGGAGCCGCUGCUGCCAUCCGCCCACGGCGGAGCAACACACAGCGCCAAGCCCGCAGACAUGGCGUGCGCCUGUCCAACAUCAAGCCGGAAAUCCGAGACAUCGGCGACCCCGUUCGCGCCUUCUACUACUCCCAGUGCCCGCCGGAAGACUACCAGAAGCCGGAGAUAGCCUUCUUCGGUCAGAGCAACGUCGGCAAGUCUUCUUUGCUCAACUUCCUGUGCAACCGGAAGAAGCUGUCCACAAUCUCGAAGAAGCCCGGGCAUACCAAGCUCAUCCACCACUUCCUCUGUGAGCACUCCUUCUACCUGGUGGACAUGCCGGGCAUCGGCUUCGCAGAAGGUCGGGGCAAGGAGCUGAAGCAGAUGGACAAGAUCGUCACGGCUUACGUGCGACACCGGCAGACUCUGGUGGAGCUGUUUUACCUUGUGGACGGCUCGCACCACCUCCAGCUAUUUGACUUGCAAGGCAUCAAGUGGCUGGCGGAUGCUGGGGUGUCGCUGUCCGUGAUCCUUACGAAGAUGGACACGCCAAGGCGGAGCCUUCCAGGCCAUCCGGAUGAUCUCGCCGAGGAGCUCCUCGAUGGUCUAUACAAUAUGACGGAGUCACCUUGGAAGCUGGGCCACCUCAAGGAGAUGCCUUUGGUCUUCAAGGCGAGCGCGAAGGCCAGGACCGGACGCGAGGCCAUCUUGGAACACAUCGCUGAUAUUCGCAAGCGAGUCAUCUUGGGCGAACGGAACAAGAAGAAGGCCCAGAAGGACUUGGAGAAGAGGCUUGUGCCGCCAGCUAUCCGCUAG